AAACAAAAGAUUUCGUCAGUGUUUUUCUGGAGAGCGAUGUUGUUGUCCCGUAUGUCUCUGAGGGCGAGCGACUUUUAGUUACUCAAUCUUUUAUUCACAAACAAACAAAAUAUUGGUCGCACUAUAUUUUAGAAGCGUAAAUAAAAUAUUAACAACGAUGUCGACGCUGAAACUUGUAACUCAAGAAGAGAGUCUGCAUGACUCAUGGGUCAAGCUGCACUUUGAUUCAUGUAGUGAGCAUAGUGAAGACACGCCAGCAAUGUGUGAUAUCACAGACCUGGAGAAAAUGCUUCUGGAAGCACAACGCGAGUCCAGCAGCAGUUCACGGACAAGCUCUCACUGUAGCAGUCCUCGACGUGUCCAGACACCUCCACUCAUCAGUGCUGUCUCCAUCAACACACACACCAAUACGCAGGAGGAAGUUGUAGCAGAGAGCAAACAGGAAACUGAGGCUCUUAUGAGGAUCUGUAACUGGUCCAGCCGGCCAGAGAAUGUGCCACCCGCAGCAUUUAUCAUUAAACGUCCAAAGCAGAACCGAGUGUGCAACGGAAACACUGACAAAAAUGAAGAAAUGAACACAAACUUGCUUAAAAUACUGCUACCCUCCCUAGUCUUCACACACAUCAUCAUGCUUGGGUUGGGGAUCUGUAUUGGACGGCGCCUCUCUGCUCAGUGUUCUGUUAUCUAAGUCAUAGCAAAAGUGUUUGUAUGCUGUGUGUCAGGAUCUCUCUGGGAUAGUCUGUGUUUUAACUAGAGAACCUGACAACCUCUUGCUGGAAUCCCAUUUGUUGUCCUCCAGGGUAAAUGCAGGACUACAUAAGAUGACACUAUAACAAUAUGAUGAACAGAAACUGUCAACAAUAAUUGAAUACGCAUAUUCUAUAUAUGAUAUGUUAUGGUAAAUGAAUAAACUGCUGCCAAAAUCCAUUUAUGCUUAAUAAAAAAAUAAAAGAAAUUUAAACUU